UUGCUACCUUUCCCAUACCCACCAGCACUCCACCGCCACAACCCACGAACGCUACACGUGUCGCACGCAAUCACUACUUUCUAGAAGGCAUCAAGAAACCCAGCGGCGACGAAAAGCAGAAAGAGGCAUAUACAGACACGAUGAUAGACAAGCUUGAGCUGGUAAAGAAGUUCCUCAAGAAGAAGGGCGAGGUUGAGGCUGUCACCAAGAUUGAAGGGGAGUUUGACCGAUGGUGUGUGUCGUCCAUGAGUGAGCGCGAUGAUGAGGAAAGCGCGUCCAGCAGCGACUCGAGCAGCGACUCGAGCAGCGACUCAAGCAGCGAGUCUGAGGUCGAGGCAAAGCCAAAGAAGGCCAAGAAGACCGCUGGAAAGAAGGCAGCUGUGAAGGAAGACGCCUCCAGCUCCUCCAGCUCCUCCGACUCCAGUUCCGAUUCCUCCAGCUCAAGCUCAGACUCCGAUUCUGAGUCUGAGAAGGAGAGCGCGCCAGCCAAACCAAAAGCGAAGAAGGCCAAAAAGGCGAAGUCCGUGUCCUCAUCCUCCGCUUCUUCCUCCAGCGAUUCCAGCGACUCCAGCGAUUCUGAUAGCAGCUCUGAAGAAGAGCCCGCCAACAUCCCACUUCCUGACUCCGACUCGUCCGAUGCCUCCAGCGACUCUUCGUCCAGCGACUCAGACAGCGAUUCGUCUAGCGACAGCAGCUCCGACUCAGAAGCCGAGAGGGAGAAGGACAAGAAGGUAAAGAAGAGCAAGAAGGCUGCUUCGGUCUCAUCAUCGUCUGCCUCGAGCUCCUCGGACUCUUCAGACUCUAGCGACUCCAGCGACUCUAGCUCAUCCGACAGCGACUCUGACGAUGAGCCUGCGAAGGAAAAGAAGAGCAAGAAGAGCGUGAAGAAGGCCCCCACGCCUUCCUCUUCUAGCGAUUCCAGCUCCUCCGAUAGCUCUUCGGACAGCUCCUCGGACAGCUCCUCAGAUUCCGACAGCGACGAUGAGAAGAAACCCACCGCGCUCGAACGCAAGGCCUCUGGCAGCGACUCUUCUCAGACUCUGCCAGCAACAUCCCCCGAGCCAAAGAACAACAAGCGCAAGGCCAGCUCUCCUUCGCAAGACGCUCCCAAGUCAAAGAGAAGCCACGUCGAAAACCGAUUCCAGCGCAUCAAGCCCGACGUCGUAGUCGACCCUAACCUCGCAAGCAACGCCUACGUUUCCUACGAUUAUGCCGACCGUGCGCACGCCAAGUUGAUUGUUACCAAGGGCAAAGGUUUCACCAAGGAGAAGAACAAGGGAAAGAGGGGUUCGUACAGAGGUGGCAUGAUUGAUACCUCUGGUGGCAAGGGCUUCAAGUUUGAGGACUGAACGUGAUAAUCGAAUAUAGACGGGAGACGAUUCGCAAAGCAUUUCCAAGAGUAGAAAGAGGAUAUACGCCUUGGCGUGUAAGAAUAUGGCGAACACGGAGUUAUGUAUACCAAAAGCAGCAUA